GCCUUUUGCGUCAUAUCAUUUCAAGGCGUUUUCAACUCACAUUAUACCCCACAUGGCUCAUGGCGUUCUUUGGCGAGGCAUUUUUAAGCCUGGUGUUAGGAAUGGCAAGUGUUGGAACCUGUCUCUUCGCGGGCGGGUAUCUUGGGGGCACCUGCUCUCCCGUAUACCUUCCUUCGGCAGGCGCAAGCAUCCCUAACCUACAGGCAGUCCGCGCGGAGUAUCAUACGUGUCACAAUGUCAAUAGCACGGGCACAAGACGCAAUGAACCUUGGAAGCAUCUCACAUCUUGAACUUUCCCCCGUAGUAGGUCAUAUAAAACGUCGAACUGACCUUCACCUCGACCUCUGAAAGCUGCUAUCGGG